AUGGAGGCAUCCAUAAACCUCUGGAAGAAUUCUUCCCUAAAAGGAACUUUGAAUAGGAUAUUUAAAGAGGAAGUCCAUGGACCUUUGAGAGUAUUAAUCUCUCCGAAUAAUAUCGGAGUUGUACUACUUGAUCCGAAAUCCUCAUACCAGUUCGUUGAAAAAACCCUAAAUAAGAAAAUUCUAAAGAACUUGGAUUUUAUUGUGGUGGAUGGACAUAAGGCUUCUCUACCUUUUGAUUUUGUUCUAAAAGAGGUGUCUGAAGAUGCAAAAGAAGAAUAUGCAGCAAUAAUACACAAACGCUAG